GUUGUCCAAGUUCAACUUGAACUUUGUCUUUUACCUGUCUGCGUCGACUAGAGUCGAUAACCUCGGGUACCUCCUGCCUCAUCAUACCUCUAAUACGAGAAUGUCUGUUUCACCCGCUGCUCUCCGCCGCCUUAUGAGGGAACUGUCUGAGCUCAAAAAGUCACCACCGGAAGGGAUUCGCGUACAAACUAGCGAAGAUAAUAUUCUGGAUGUGAUAGGCAUUAUCGAAGGUCCCGAGGGAACUCCGUAUGCAGGCGGAUACUUCAAAGUCAAGUUCAGAUUUACCGAAGAAUUCCCCGCUGCCCCACCAAAGUGCACGUUUGCGACCAAAAUAUUCCAUCCCAACGUCUCCAAUUCAGGAGAAAUUUGCGUGAACACGCUCAAGAAGGAUUGGAAAUCGACGUAUGGGAUUGGCCAUAUCUUGGUCACAGUGAAGUGUCUGCUGAUUUAUCCUAAUCCGGAGUCUGCGCUGGACGAGGAGGCAGGCAAGCUGCUUUUGGAGGAUUAUCAGGCUUAUGCGUCGAGGGCAAAGUUAAUCACAAAUGUGCAUGCCACGCCUCGCACAAAGCCUGUCGAGUUUCUUAGCUCGUCUAUAUCCGGCGAGGAUCCGUCUGAGGCAGGGCCCUCAGUUCCCACCUCGUCCUCUUGCGUGCCCACGCCCUUUACACAGACACCUUCUCCAUCAUCACAGUCCUCUCUUCCUAUCAUCGUCACCUCGAAGCCCCAAUCUCAAUCACAUCCGUCACCACCAUCCGCCACUGCCUUAUCAAUUCCUCUCACACCAUCUCCAUCCUCCAACAAGGAAAGCCUGGUUUCCAAUAAGGAACGACAUCCUUCUCCGUCUCCACUUUCCACGGCAGACGCGAAUAUCGAGAACGAUAAAUUUAAAGCUAGUGCAACGGUGGUAGAUAAGAACAAGAUGAGCUUGGUCUCUACUACUGCUUCACAUGGUCCAAAGGCUGUCAAACGAGCUGCCACUGGCGGUGGUGCCACGAAUGCGGAGAAGAGGAAGAAGGCGUUGAAACGGCUGUAAAACGUACGUUGGCUUAUCAACAUACCCUAAUUCACGUCUAGCUAUACCUGGAUAUACCUCGUUAUACCUGGAUUCUGUUAGAGGAUGAUGAGACUGGCUGAAGACUAGUUAUUAUAGUUAUCGAAUUUCUUCUGUCUAUCCUCUUUCUCAUCUGAACUGAACUAUCUUCCUUGGUUUUAUUUGGAGGGUAGCUAUGUAUCGUUCCAAGUCAUGCUCUGUAUCUUUAACCUAAAUAUCUACGUACUACUCUCAUUACAUUUGAUUCUGUUGUCUAUCGCUGAUACGUCCUCAAAUUUCGUUGAGUAUUCACACGAUC